CCACACAGUCUGUAGCAGCCGGCCACCUCGCCGCGGCUCUCUCGGCCCGCUCGGCCCGGCCCGCAGGUAAGAGCAGCCGGGCGUUCGGCUCCCGGCCCCACUCACGCCGCGCGCGCCCAGCUACCGCGCCCGCUUCGAGGGCUUACUCAUCGUCACCACCAUGAGUGAGGCAUUUGACUGUGCAAAGUGCAACGAGUCCUUGUAUGGCCGCAAGUAUAUCCAGACAGACAGUGGGCCCUACUGCGUCCCCUGCUACGACAACACCUUCGCCAACACCUGCGCCGAGUGCCAGCUGCUCAUCGGCCAUGAUUCAAGGGAACUCUUUUAUGAGGACCGCCAUUUCCAUGAAGGCUGCUUCCGCUGCUGCCGCUGCCAGCGCUCCCUCGCUGACGAGCCCUUCACCUGCCAGGACAGUGAGCUGCUCUGUAACGACUGUUACUGCACAGCCUUCUCUUCACAGUGCUCUGCCUGUGGGGAGACUGUCAUGCCUGGGUCCCGGAAGCUGGAGUAUGGAGGCCAGACAUGGCAUGAACACUGCUUUCUGUGCAGUGGCUGUGAGCAGCCGUUGGGUUCCCGCUCCUUCGUGCCCGAUAAGGGUGCUCACUACUGUGUGCCUUGCUAUGAGAACAAGUUUGCUCCUCGGUGUGCCCGCUGCAACAAGACGCUGACCCAGGGUGGAGUGACAUAUCGAGAUCAACCUUGGCAUCGAGAAUGCCUCGUCUGCACCGGGUGCCAGACACCCCUCGCAGGGCAGCAGUUCACAUCUCGGGACGAGGAUCCCUACUGCGUGGCCUGUUUUGGAGAACUCUUUGCACCCAAGUGCAGCAGCUGCAAGCGCCCCAUCACAGGUGGGGGCGAGGGUGCAGGACUCGGUGGAGGCAAGUAUGUGUCCUUCGAAGACCGACAUUGGCACCACAGCUGCUUCUCCUGUGCCCGCUGCUCCACCUCCCUGGUGGGCCAAGGCUUUGUACCAGACGGAGACCAAGUUCUGUGCCAGGGCUGCAGCCAAGCAGGGCCCUGAGCCGAGGCUCCUGAAUCUUCCCUUUCUAAAACCAAGGAUUUAAGACUAUGGCUCCUUUUCUGAACUACCGCUGGGACCCAGCCCCUCCCUAGAACAGCACACAAAGACACGCGCACACACACAACC